UAAUCCCCCAAAACUCCUCUCCUUCUUUCCCCAUCCCUCUCCACACCCAUGACGACGAGUUCUUCUAGCCAUCCUGUCGUCAACUUCUCCGAGCCGAGAGGCUUUGCCUCCAAGUUCAAGUCCGGUUUCAAGGAAACGUUUUUCCCCGAUGAUCCCUUCCGUCAGUUCGAGGACGAAAAAGGGAUCGGAAAGGUGAAAAAGGCGGCUCAGUACUUCGUUCCGUCGCUCCAAUGGCUGCCCCACUACAAUUUGGGGUUGCUCAAGUACGACUUGCUAGCCGGUCUCACCAUUACCAGCGUUGCCAUCCCUCAAGGCAUCAGCUACGCGAAACUCGCCGGCGUUCCUCCGAUCAUCGGCCUCUAUUCGAGUUUCGUUCCGCCUUUUGUCUAUGCCAUUUUCGGAACCUCAAAGCACCUCGCGGUGGGGACAGUGGCUGCCAGUUCCUUGCUUGUCGCUCAAACCAUAAGUUCAGUCGUAUCGUCGAAGGACGAUCCGACGUUGUAUCUCCAUUUAGUUUUCACCGCCACCUUCAUCACUGGCAUCUUCCAGGCUGCUUUAGGCUUCUUAAGAUUGGGGAUUUUGGUGGAUUUCUUAUCUCAUUCAACAAUCACCGGAUUCAUGGGUGGGACUGCCAUUUUAAUCUGUCUACAACAGUUGAAAGGCAUGCUUGGUCUAGCACAUUUUACGACCAAGACCGAUGUCGUUUCCGUCAUCCGUGCAGUUUUCGAGAAUAGAAAAGAGUGGAAGUGGCAGAGUGCUGUUGUAGGGGUAAUCUUCCUCUGUUUCCUGCAAUUCACAAGAUUUGUGAGACGAAAAAGGCCAAGACUAUUUUGGGUCUCAGCUGUGGCUCCGAUGGUGGUUGUUGUGAUCGGUUGUCUGUUCGCUUACUUUGCCCAUGCAGAGAAACACGGCAUCCAAAUUGUGGGUACCUUGAAGAAAGGUUUGAAUCCUCCGUCAAUCCAAUUCUUAACCUUCGACAGCCGCUAUCUACCAACUGUUAUGAAAGCCGGAAUUGUUACAGGCCUCAUCGCACUCGCUGAAGGAAUAGCAAUUGGCAGGAGCUUCGCAAUAAUUAAAAACGAACAAACUGAUGGGAGUAAGGAAAUGAUGGCCUUUGGUCUCAUGAACAUUGUUGGAUCCCUCACGUCGUGCUACUUGACAACCGGACCAUUUUCUAAGACGGCUGUUAAUUUCAAUGCGGGAUGCCGAACGGCAAUGUCAAACGUAGUGAUGGGAUUUUGCAUGAUGCUUACUCUGCUUUUCUUGGCUCCUCUGUUCGGCUAUACCCCUCUAGUUGCUCUGUCUGCUAUCAUCAUGUCUGCCAUGUUAGGGUUGAUUGACUAUGAAGCGGCAUAUCACCUCUUCAAAGUAGACAAAUUCGAUUUUUUAAUCUGCAUGACAGCGUUCUUUGGCGUCAGCUUCAUUAGCAUGGACGUUGGUCUCAUUCUUUCUGUGGGGCUUGCAAUACUGAGAGCACUUCUGUAUGUUGCAAGGCCAGCAAAUUGUAAGCUUGGAAAACUCCCAAAUUCAAACUUAUAUCGUGAUACAGAGCAGUACCCUGUUGCGACCAAUACCCCUGGAAUUCUAGUUCUGCAGCUUGGCUCGCCUAUUUAUUUUGCAAACUGCAGCUAUAUAAGAGAAAGGGUAUUACGGUUCAUAGAAGAGGAACAGGCCAUUUCGAAACCUAAAUCCGAUAUUGUUGAGCAUCUUUUGCUUGAUUUGACAGGAGUUUCAACAAUUGACAUGACAGGGAUAGAGACCUUAGCAGAACUAAGGAGAAUGAUGGAAUCAAAGGGUAUCAAGAUGGGACUAAUAAAUCCCAGGAGGGAUGUUCUGGAAAAACUGAUGUUGUCAAAGUUUAUAGACCUGAUAGGGAAGGAAUCCGUCUACUUGUCCAUCAAUCAUGCAGUGGAGACUUGCAGGUUUUUGCUUCAAAAAACGGACAAACAAAAUGGGGAUUCCUCAACCUUCUAUGACGUACUCUAAACGUUGUAGCAGUUUUUUGCAGUCACAAGGGGAGGGGCAGGUCAGGGGAUUAAUAAAUUGAUAAUAUAAGUGUUUGUUAUUGUAUAUGUUGUUGUUGUGGUGGAGAGGGGAAAGAAGUGACCGGAUGAGGGGAAGUUUAAGUUUGUGGUAUGUAAGAUCAGGGUUCUUACCUAUGAAAAGUAUGUAAACAUGGGGUAGUCUCCUCUGAUUAAUUUUAUGCAGUGAUGGCAAUUUUUCAUUUUCUUUUCUUUUUCUUCCUUCUCUGUUUUUUCUUUUUUCCCCCUUUAAAAGUUGAGAGCAAAUAGAGAUUCGAAUGUCAG